CGCUCCAGUGCGAUCGAGCGAGCUACGCCGCGCGUACCUACCAAGCUCCGACACCCCACCAUGAACCACGCGACGCGAUCAUCAUGAGAGGAACGCCCGAUUUUCCUCAUUCAAUCAGUGAAAUAAUGUAAAAACAUCAUUGACUGGCCCAACGUGGUCCCUGGCUACCUGCUCGUAUCUCCAAAACUUUGUUUUUGUCCCGCCGGCCGGCACAGACGCCGCACGCGACAACGCAGCUCGCAUUAAGAAAAAAAAACUCAAAUCUCGAACUGAUGUCAGUGAGUGUGCUAAGGAUUCAUACUUGAGUGUCAGUGUUGUGUGUGUGUGGAUAGUUAUAGAUAGUUAAAUGGAUAAAACACGUCGUGAAAUGCUCGUAUGAGGAAGAAGGGCAACCGGAACAUCAUGUCGGUGGGCCUCCAGCGGCGCGUGCCGGCCCUCGACGAGGCCGGGGGCGGAGUGCCGGCGGCAUGGAAGAGCAACAACGACUCCCCGUUCCCGACCUUCGCGCCGCCGGCCGGGUCGCCAGCCGGCCCGGCGUUCGCGGCGUCCCCCGCGCCGUCGACCCCCGGCCCGGCGGGGUUCGGGGGGCCGCCGUACGCCGCGCCCGGCCCGUUCGGGUCGCCGUCGGCGCGGCCCGGCUCCGGCGGCGGCUUCCCCCCGGGCCCCCCGCAGCAGGGCCACUUCCCGGGCCCGGGGUUCGCGCCGCCGGGGUCGCCGUUCCACCCGCACGCGCCGCACCCGCCCAUGCCGCCGCAUCCGCACAUGAUGGCGCCGCUGCCGCCCCCUGUUGACAGGAGGCACGCACCAUAUUUUGGACAACCAGACUACAGAGUUUAUGAACUUAAUAAACGGUUACAACAAAGAACAGAGGACUCAGAUAACCUCUGGUGGGACGCGUUCGCGACAGAAUUCUUCGAAGAUGACGCCACGCUGACCCUCACAUUUUGUUUAGAAGAUGGACCUAAAAGAUAUACAAUAGGAAGGACGCUGAUCCCGCGCUACUUCCGAAGCAUAUACGAGGGCGGCGUCUCGGAGCUGUACUACACGAUGCGGCAACCCAAGGAGUCGUUCCACAACACCAGCAUCACGCUGGACUGCGACCACUGCACCAUGGUCACGCACCACGGGAAACCCAUGUUCACUAAGGUAUGCACAGAAGGCCGGCUAAUCCUCGAGUUCACCUUCGACGACCUGAUGCGCAUCAAGUCGUGGCACCUGGCGGUCCGCGCGCACCGCGAGCUGAUCCCGCGGCAGGCGGUGCACCCGCCCGACCACGCGGCGUUGGAUCAGCUGUCCAAGAAUAUUACGAGGCAGGGGAUCACGAACUCUACGCUUAACUAUUUGAGGUUAUGCGUGAUCCUGGAGCCGAUGCAAGAGCUGAUGUCGCGGCACAAGGCGUACGCGCUGUCGCCGCGAGACUGCCUCAAGACCACGCUGUUCCAGAAGUGGCAGCGCAUGGUCGCACCCCCCGAGUCGCAGCGGCCGGCCAGCAAGCGACGCAAGCGGAAGGGCAGCGCGGGCGCCAACGCCGCGCCCCCCGCGCCAGCUAAGAAGCGCUCGCCCGGACCCAACUUCUCGUUGGCUUCACAGGACGUGAUGGUAGUCGGCGAGCCGUCGCUAAUGGGCGGCGAAUUCGGCGACGAAGAUGAGAGACUCAUCACCCGGCUCGAGAACACCCAGUAUGAGGGCGAGGGCGUCGAGUGGAGCGCCCCGCCCCCCGCCUCCCCCGCCAAAACACCGCCCGGCACGCACUGACCUCUGUAAUAAGCUACCGCGCAUUUAUACCACCCUGGUACUUUUCAACGUCUCGUGUUAAACGGUCGGUUAUCUCGUGUUAAACGGUCGGUUACAUACUGUCACGUAUGGGAUAACGGGCGCAUCGCAUUGCAUGUAAAUAGAUUGAGGUUAUGAUUAAAUUGAAUUUUAAAUGCGUAGAUAGAUAAGUAUAUUUGUUAACUUAUAAAGAGCGUUAUUUUGAAGUGAUUGGGAAGUUUGAGAGAGAACGUUUUGUUACUUUCGUUUACUUGGAACUUUGAAUAGUGUAAAUGUAAUGAUUUCUUCUUCUAAUAGCUAUUCGUACCAAGUCGAUAACAGCUGCCGUACUAAAAGCGCCACCUAUUUGUUAAAUCACAAUCUCUAAAAUGACAGAUAGAUGGCGCUGCAUUAAUUGUAAAUCGCUAAAAUGUAUAAACGGUAGCAGACCCAAAUCACGAACUAUGGAAAAUAGCUAUCAAAUUAUAGGUACUGACGAAAGUACAGUGCCAGAAACUUCUGACGUUUUGCUGACGUUGAUGUCAACUGUAAGGGUGACUUUUACCAAACGCUAAACGUAUAAAAUUGUAUUUAAAUCAAAUUUUAAAUAAAUUUUGUACUAGCUGACAGACAUUUGCCGGGCGGCUAUAUGCGUUUAGCGUUUGUUGAAAUUUCACCAAAGUUCAUGUAUUUAUGGCAAUGCGGUGUGACUUGGUGUUAUAUACUUACGUGAGUGUACAUAAUACGGUGGCAGGGCUCCAGACUGUUUAUGGGCCCCGAGUAUUUGUAAUUUUUUGAAUUGAGAACGCGGGCACACUAAUGGAUAUGUCAACAAAUAUAAAUAAAUGAAUAAAUAUAGGCCUUUACGGAUUA